AUGUCGGAUAACAUAACUAGCCAAGAUGCGUACAGAACCCAGCCCUUGGAGAUGAAUGAGUCCGAGAUGGUGCGGAAGGAGCUGGAACAGACUUCCAUGGACCUGAUUGCACAGCUGGAGGAGCUGGAGACACAGCUGGAGAUAGAAAAAGCUUGCCGUGAGAAUGCAGAAGUAUUUGCUGUUAAGCUGACCAAGGAGAACCACAAACUCCAGCGCCUGAGCCUGGCUCUGCAGCCUGUCUGGGAGCAGCUGCCCAUCGACAUCACCCAGCUCGGCCUUACCGAUGAUGAAGCUGGUGAUGCCAUCACUGAGCCCAACCUACCGGACCCACUCCAGCUUCAAGAUUUUCAGGAAACAAUCUCUCAUCUCGUCGAAGAAAAGAAACAAUUGGACAACAAGGUACAGGAACUGGACAGCCAACUGGUGACAUUAACAGAACAAAUGAAGAAGGAGCACUCUGAGAAGAUGGGUCUGCAGAAAGCGCUGGAGAAACAGAGCAAGAGUUUACAACGGUUCAGUGAAGGUAAGAGUUCACUGCAGGAAGCUGGGACUGUUUUGACAUUGGUUCUUAUAACUGUGCCCAACAUCCCAACCUCAAUCUCUAUCUGCCUGCCUGAACCAUACAAUGACAGAAUACAGCAAAGGCCCUUCGAUCCAUCGAGCCUGUACCACCAAAGCUACGUGAUGUCUGCACCCAUCCUUCCUCCCAGUACUUUGCUGGAGCACUGCGACACUUCAAGUUGCACAUCCAUAACUUUUUUUUAA